CUCUUCGUACAGAAAUAUCUCGGCAAGCUUUGAGCAACUUGUUUUCAACGGAUUGAAAAUGUCAGCACCACCUGCAAGUCCUUCUAUUCUUGGGGCAUCCUUGAGAGGAAAAGUGGCCCUUAUAACUGGAGCUAGCUCGGGUAUUGGAGCAGGGGUGGCCCGCUAUUUUGCUUCUCUUGGAUGUCGACUAGCCUUGACAGGUCGGAACAUGGAUAAUCUUCAAGCAGUUGUUGAAGAAUGUAUCGAGAGAGGUCUAGAAAGAGAUCUGAUUUUAACAAUUCAGGCAAACUUUGAGAUUGAAAGCGAUGUUAAGAAAACUGCAGACCAAACCAUACAAAAGUUCAACCAGCUUGAUAUUUUGGUCAACAACGCAGGAACUGCUUUCUUUGAUGCAAUAGAAACAUUAUCAUUGGAAAAUUUUGAUACGACCUUUGCAGUGAAUGUCAGAGCACCCCUACAUCUAACCCAUCUUCUGACUCCAUAUUUAAUCGCGUCAAAAGGCACUGUUGUUAAUAAUUCUAGCGUUUAUGGAAUCAGAGCUCCUCCGGCGGCGUUAAGCUACGGUGCAAGUAAGACAGCAUUGAAUCACAUGACAAGGUGUAUCGCUGAAGAAUUGGCACCUCAUGGAGUCAGAGUUAAUGCAGUAAACCCUGGUAUAAUUCCUACUAAAAUAACGGCGCGAGCAGGACUUUCAGAUGAGCAAGACCAAGAGUGGAUGGAGUUCCAUAAGAAAACUCAUGCAAUGCGCAGAACUGGGACUGUUGAAGAAGUGGCUAAACUCAUUGCAUUUCUCGCAUCCAGUGACUCGUCCUUUACCACCGGGGAAAAUUUCCUGGCAGAUGGAGGGAAUCAUCUCUUAGUAACCACCCUUGAUUAGUAGAGAUUGUUGUUCUUUAAAUUAUUAGCAUUAAACGGGAAUCCAACCCAAAUUAGAAAGGGGUUUUAGAGGAAAAAUAAAAAUCAGAGAACUAUAUAGAUAUGUGAAAGUUUGUUCAAUACCGGACAAUCAGUAGGAAAUUAUCAUUUUUUAAAUUAAAAAAAUGAUAAUCACUAUAUCACUGGAGACUUAAAAUUGGCUGCAUAAUGAGAUGUCAUAUAGUGAUGUAGGGCAAGGACCACUCUUUUCAUUUACUCUGAUACAUAAAAUGGCUAAAAUAUCACAUUUUUACAAAAGUUUCAUUUCAAAUUAUAAUUAUUCUUCUUUCAUGAGAACAUGCUUCUUUGAUUGAUUAUAAUACGAGAAAACUACAAUUCCCCGAUUAAGUGACCUAUGGAUUGUUAUUUACCCAGUUGCUGAUUUGAAAUUUACAUAGUCUUAGGGAUGUUAAUUGUAAAGAUCAACCCACCUCAGAAAAAAAUGUUGAUUUGAAUCAAUAUAAAAAAAAAAACACAGCAUAGCAUUGAAAAUUUCAUCAAAUUCGAAUGUAAAAUAAGACUUAUGACAUUCUAAAGUUUCGCUAUUUUUUUAUACAAUACAAAAUAAUGCACAACUUGAUGAUAUGCAAAUGAGAAGGUAGAUGAUGCGUCUCACUCAAUUUUUCUUUUGUUCUUUAUUGUUUGAAUUAUACAAGUUUUCAAGUUUACAGAUUUGACAAUAAUUACCAGCUUGAAUGACCCAAAAUUGUUAAAACAAUUGUAAUUCUGCACGUUUAGGGAGGAAUAAAAUUUUGUUCCACGUGACAGUGAGCAGAUGAGUACCGAGUAGAAAAUUAAAAUAUUUCAUAUAGAGAUAUGCAAAAGAAAUAGUGAGUGCUGUCAUCAGUCCCCCCCCCCCCCCCCCAUUCCCAUACGGUCCAAGAUGUGAAAUUAAGGAAACUUUAUAAUCUUAGAACUUUUUUUAUUUCACAUCCGAUUUUGAUGAAUUUUGUUAUAGUGUUGUCGGAUUAUUCUCGUUUUACUCAAUGUCCACUUUUACAUUGUAAUAGUUGGAGUGGACUUGUCCAUUAAAACAGCCAUACCUUUCUUAUUGCUUGUCUGAUUGUUUUUUUUAACUCUCACCAUUCUGUUUUAUUUAUUUCUCUCCCUCUCAAAAAAUAUUAUGGACAAGGCUGGAAUCCCCUUUAGGAAGGCUACAUAAACCAUUUUAGAAGCGUUUAAGUAUUUAUAGACCUAACGCAGCACCUGAGGCGUGACUCUAAGAGGGAGGGGGCGGGCAGCGGGAGGGGGCUCACGUUGGUCAGUCCAACACAAAUAAUGAUUAUAAAAUUGCCACUGAGUUAAAACCUCUGGUGGUCAAAACGUAGUGGGACAGAAUGGGACAGAAAUACGUAGAAAAAAUCGUGAGUUAGCGAAGUGAGCGAGCAACAAUUUCCUAACCCUUAUACGUUUAAUAUACUACGAAAGGCUAUUUUUGGUAUAUUCUGGCACUAAGUUAGGGGUCCAGGUCCAUCUGUAAUAUAUCGGCCUAUCCAUUGGUCCGGAAAUCAAUUCAUUUCGAUUGAUAUGCUCUACAUUCUAAAACAGCUUACCCAAUAUUGGGUAAAAUGGGAACAUGUAUGCUUGCUGGGUAAAAUGAUACCAAAUACUUUGUAAAUUUUACGCAAGGUUGUGUUAAAAAAAUUGACGCCAAAUUCUCACAUGUGCGCUCGAACUUAACAUUUAUUUCUCCCUAAAUUACAAUGCAGGACCUAUUCGUAAAACAUUAUUAAUAAAAUGAUCUUUGUACACUAG